AUGACUGGGUCAGAUAACAGCGUUGAGUCAGAAAAGACAGCCAAUCAGAUGCUGAAGGAAGCCCUGGAGAAAAUGGAAAAAAUGAGGCUGGAAAUGAAUGAGAUGCAGAUAGUCUUAGCUAGAGCCCAGAAGGGGCAGGAACUACCCGUUACUCCUACCCUCCAACCAGACAGACAGAUCAUGAGGCUAGCUACUUUCUGUGUUUCNGGUAAAAUAGCAAUUGUAGUGAAAUGGCUGAUGGUGGCGUCUGUCCAUAGGCAGAGAACAGGGGAAGACAUGAGCGGCCUCAGUUUGCAGGAGUUGUGCCACUUGCAGGAGAACAUCUCUGAAUCUCUAGAUGAGAUACGUGAAAGAAAGUACCACGUGAUCAAGACUCAAACAGAUACCUGCAGGAAGAAGGUGAAGAACUUAGAAAAGCGACAUGGAAAUCUCGUGCUUGAUUUGGAAGCAAAAUCUGAAGAUCCAAAGUAUGGUGUAGUGGAAAAUGAGGGACAGUACAACUCUGCUAUGGCGUUUGCCAAUGGAGUACACAACCUCUAUGCUUUUCGCCUACAAUCGUUGCACCCCAAUCUUCAAAAUGGAGGAGAAUUUGGUUCUCGUAAUCUACGCCUUGCUUGAAAAGUGAAAACAGCAAUUUGGUAAUGGGGUUAAACCCUUAAAUGUUGACUUACUUAUUCGAACCAACUUCCCAAGUUAUAUGUUAUUACUCAAAAAAGUUAACUAUUGCAAGAUGCAAAGACUACUUUAUCUAGUUAAUUAGGUUUUGCGCUGAGUCUGGAUUUGAUUGCUCUCCUAAUUGUCUAAAGCACUUUAUUAUUCUAGCUAGGAGUUUCGACCCAAAUUAAGAAGAUGAAUUAUGAUAUCUUGAAUGAAUGUUCAAUUCUGCGAUGUUGAUUUUUUUA